AUGCCUGCCCUACUCAAUCUUCACCAAACACGAUUGGGUCCUAUUAAUGAACCUGUUUUUGAGGCGGUCAACUCAGUCAAAGAUGGACACGGACAAACACUGGGACCCUCUCCAACCACGAUAUUCAUGUAUGGACUCGCAAGUGGGUUGCUCAUCAUGACAUCCAUUUUUGUCCUUUCCGCUGCAUUGUACGAUCGAUAUUGCCGUAGGAAGAACGUGAAGCUCGUGAAAUUUGGUCCCAGCUUCCCUGAUCUGCAAGGAGGGAACAAAUUCUUCAUCGAGCAGGAAGAUGGUAUGAUCUACGAGGGUGUUGUGACUGUUAAGAAGUCAGAGUACUAUGAUAUCAGAUGUGAUGAGGCGACGGGUCAGGAGUCAGUUGUCAUUCCUUCCUCUAAGUUAGAGCAGGUGGAGAUAGAGGACGACCGGAAAAAAGCAAAAAUGGAAUUGAGGAAGGCGGAAGAGGAACACGAAUACCAAGCUUUUAUGGGUAGAUUUUCGAUUGAAAACUUUGCUGCUUUUAUGGACGAUAAUUUUGAUGGUGAUGAGGAGGAUGAUGAGGAGGAUGAUGAGGAGGAUAAUGAGGAUGAUGAUGAGGAGGAUAAUGAGGAUGAUGAUGAUAAGGAUUCCACAGCAUAG